AUAAUGGAGUACAUGUCUGUGAGAUUCUCUGAACAAAACAUAAACUAGAGCAUUCCUGUGUGCAAGGGACAAAAGUAGAAAAGAAGACACCAACCUCUUCAUUUGAAACCAUACUUGGAAGGCCUACAGACCCAUCUUUAUAGAGAUCAGGUCAAACCGAAAAUAACGGCCGAAAAUUUGCGACGAUGGAUUUAGAGGAUCUGGACUGUUCAAUAUGCAGGGACAUUUUUAAAGAGCCCGUGGCACUGCCCGACUGCCAACAUGUCUUUUGUAGGCAAUGCAUCCAGUCCUUGGUCGAUGCAGCCCACAGGGAGACCCAGAGUCCGCGCUGUCCUGAUUGUCGUUGUCCAAUUGACCUGGGAAAGAGGGGUGUCUUUGAGCUUCCCCUCCAAAACCGAUUGAAAUCAAUGGCAAGGAAGGUCAAGGAAGAAAACCAGCAGUUCAUAUAUCAUAAGAGUCUUCAUGAACAUGAAGAGCAUUGCUUAAGGGACAUUAAGCUGGAAACCAAAGCUGCAAAGGAAACCUUGACUGAAAAAGUAAAAGAGUGUGAGAAGACAAAGACAAGAAUAUUGGCCUGCAGUAACAUUUGUACGGAGCUGUCUACACUUAUAAAGAAAAAGAAGAGACUGAUGCUGGAGGAGAUAGAGGCAGCCUAUUUCAAGGCGCUGACGAAGUUAAAGACCUGGAGAAAUGUAGCGGAGGCGGAAGUCAAACAGCGAGAAGAAGUCCAGACCUCACGUCACGACCAAAUUAUGACGCUACUCGUUGAAAAGCAGGCCGAAAUCGACAGAAUUAUAGAGUCGUCUAAGUCGUUAUCGUCUGAACCGGAUCAUUCGUUAUUGAAGGAAAUAACCCAGUCAAGGACAAGAAUCGACACCCAUUUAGAGAAAUGGAUUGGUUUCAUCCAAGACAAGGAGAGCGACGUGGAAACACUCAGACGGUCCGUGGAAGAGGAACGUGUGACCCCUAGAUAUCUGCGCGUGUCAGAAUGUUCCACGGGUCAGUCCACAUUCCCCAAAAAGAAGUGUUUUCCUACCCUGUCAUCCAGUGCUACAAUGUUUGGGACCGGGGCCUUUUCUGCUUCAGACACGACUCCAUCGAACCGCGUGGACUAUCAAAAAGGGCAGCGCAUGGCGACCAGACCGAGUGGGGGCCUGGUUGGGUCGGCUGCAUCUGCGACAACACCGAUUCGGGGCCUGUUUGGAUCUGCUACAGUCGAAACAACAACUGGUGGGGGUCUGUUUGGAUCUGCAACCACGGCUAGUGGAGACCUGUUUGGAUCUAUUGCAGCCGCCACAAUGGCUAGUGAUCUGUUUAGAUCUACUACGACUGCAAGAGAAAGUAUUGAGGCCCCGUUUGGAUCUGCCACAACUGCAAAAACAGCUGGUGGUGGCCUGUUUGCAACAACUGUUAGUCCGGGCCUGUUUGGAUCUAACACUUCAGCGGGAACAGUUAGCGGUAAUCUGUUUGGACAUGCUAGAAUGGCAACAACAGCUAAUUUUGGCUUGUUUGGAUCGGCUGCAAUAACAGCAACAUCAGCUAGUGGGUGUAUGUUUGGAUCUGCUAAAACUACAACAGCUGAUGGGGGUCUCUUUGGAACUCAUGCAGUAUCUUCAAGAGCUGAUGGCUUUGGUACUGGCUCGUCGGGUGGGCUCUUUGGAACGAGCAAAACAAGCAGUUCUACGGGUGUAGUUUUUGGGCCUAACACAGCAGGUUUAUUUGAUGCCAACCCCACACCUCCCACUAGCGGAGCGGUGUUUGGAGCAAAGGUCAGCAGUCCCAGUCCAGCAGUGUUUGGCUCCAACCCAGGGUGUUCUUCUGUAGGCUUUGGAGCCAGCAGAUGUGGGAGUGGCUCAGCCAAUUCGGGUUUCCUUGGUGAACUAGGAGUCAAGCUAAAUGCAGAAAACGCAUCUCAAAAUGUCCUUAGACCUCCAACCUUUCGCAUCCCUUCUACCAGUUCAGCCAACCUCUUUGGCAGCCAGGGGUCUGCUGUUGGAUCGUCAACAAGGGCAACGUCCAGUGGAUUUGAGUCCGACAAUGGCUCUGGUGAAUUUACGUCAGCAGGACCCAGUGUUGCAACUACUGGUUUUGCGUGUAAUACCGAAACCAGAUUUGGUGUCAGUCCUCAUACCAAAUCCAACCUCUUUGGCAGUCAGGGGUCUGCUGUUGGAUCGUCAACAAGGGCAACGUCCAGUGGAUUUGAGUCCGACAAUGCCUCUGGUGGAUUUACCUCAGGAGGACCCAGUGUUGCAACUGCUGGCUUUGCGUGUAAUACCGAAGCCAGCUUUAGUGUCAGUCCUCAUACCAAAUACACAUUCGGAGGAUCUCCUGUGUUCGCUUCCACCCCAGCGUUAGGAGGAAUAAACACUUUUGGCGCCAUCUCUGCUUUCGGAACUAGCCCUGUCUUUGGAGGGACAAGGCAUGUAUUCGGGUCCACGUCAACCUUUGGCACCUCUCCUGGGCCCAGCGGGGGGAGAAUAUUUGGAUCCACUCAGACGACAACAUCAGGGUUUGCUGGCAUGGCCAAUACCAGUGGUCCCACAUUUAGAAGCCUGGCACAAAACACAGCCUCAACUGGCUUUGGUAGCCUGGCACAAAAUGCAGGCUUUAAGGAAGACGCAUCAAGCUCUACAGUUGGUUUUGACAGUCCAAGCUUUGGGUGACAUAUUUUCUACUUUCUGCUGACGGGAAAGUACAUUAACAAAAGGAAGCUUAGUUAAACGCUUUUAUAGAGUAUUCAGGAAUUGCUGACGUGCAGUGGACUUCUGAACAACGUGGGACAUGGCAUUGAUGAUUUUGAUACGAUAGAGCUUUACUUUAGAAAUUGAAAUUGGUUACUUCGAUAGGGUAGUGUUUUUACCUGAGGAAAAUACAUCGAUCACACUUAUAGGAAGGGGGUUUCUGGAGGAAAUGAUUAUGAUGAUACUGAUUCGAUAGUGCUUUGGAGAUUGGUAGGUUUGGAUAAGGUAGGGCUUUACUUGAUGAAAUGGCAUUUCUGACACUUAUAAGGUGGGGCUUCUCUUGAGGAUAUUACACUAGUGACAUUGAUAGGGUAAGGUUUAAUUGAGGAAAUGGGGGUCACCGUGGCUCAGUUGGUUAGCGCGUUAGUGCAGUGUGACGACCAGGCAGUGUCGCACCAAUGCGGUGGCUGUGAGUUCAAGUCCAGCUCUUGCUGGCUUCCUCUCCGGCGGUAAGUAAGAAGAUCUGUCGGCAACAUGCGGAUGGUCGUGGGUUUCCCGCGGGUUUCCACCAACCAUAAUGCUGGCAGCCGUCGUAUAAGUGAAAUAUUCUUAAGUGCGGCGUAAAACACCAAUCAAAUAAUAGAUAAACACCUCAGGGAAUGACGUUGUUGACACUGAAAGGGUCAGGUUUACUUGAGGAAAUGACGUUGUUGACUCUUAUAGGGUCAGGUUUACUUUAGGAAAUGACAUUGUUGACACUGAUAAGGUAGGGCUUUACUUGAGAAAAUAACACUGAUGACACUUAUAAGGUAUUGCUUUACUGGAGAAAAUGACGUUGUUGACACUGAUAGGGUGGAGCUUUACUUGGGGAAAUGACAUUUUUGACAUUGAUAAGGUAGGGUUUUACUUGAGAAAAUAACACUGAUGAUACUUAUCAGGUAAUGCUUUACUGGAGGAAACGACGUUAUUGACACUGAUAGAGUGGAGCUUUACUUUAGGAAAUGACAUUGUUGACACUUAUAGGGCGGAGCUUUACUUGGGGAAAUGACAUUUUUGACACUGAUAAGGUAGGGCUUUACUUGAAAAAAUAACACUGAUGACACUGGUAAGGUAUUGUUUUACUGGAGGAAAUGACGUUGACACUUAUAGGGUGGAGUUUUUCUUGGGAAAAUGACAUUUUUGACACUAAGGUUGGGCUUUACUUGAGAAAAUAACACUGAUGAUACCGAUAAGGUAUUGCUUUACUGGAGGAAAUGACGUUGUUGCUGAUAGGGUGGGGCUUUACUUUAGGAAAUGACGUUGUUGACACUUAUAGGGUGGGGCUUUACUUGAGGGAACUGACAUUGUUGACACUUAUAGGAUGGUGCUUUGCUUGGGGAAAUGACAUUGUUGACACUAAGGUAGGGCUUUACUUGAGAAAAUAACACUGAUGAUACAGAUAAGGUAUUGAUUUACUGGAGGAAUUGACAUUGUUGACACUUAUAGGUUGGAGCUUUACUUGGGGAAAUUACAUUUUUGGCACUUAUAGGGUGGGGCUUUACUUGGGGAAAUGACAUUUUCGACUCUUAUAGGGUGGGGCUUUACUUUAGGAAAUUACAUUUCUGACACU